GGAUAAAACGGUGUCGUUUAAGGCAACAUUUCCCCCUGGGAUUUGCCGAUGCACUCUGUGCGGUGUCGUUCCUCAAGCCGCCCGAAAUACAAGAGAAUCUGAACUCCAAACCUCCUGUGAGCAAAAGAGCUACACUUUUCCGUGAGAGAGAAAGGGCAAUUGGAGCUGACUCCAAAAUGGCGGUGUCGGCGAAUUUCAGGGUCGCUGCUACUCUCGCCUCUUAUCAUCAUCAACACCCUCUUCGAACCUCUACCGCCUCUGCAAAGGUAGACUUCAUGGGUUUCAUGAACGGAGGAUUAAGUUUUUCCAAAAUUACACCGAAAUGCAAUGGAAUGACAAUAAAUAGCCAUGGUCAAACUAAAAGAUUAGCUGGGAUCAUGGGAGAUUAUAAGUUAUCUCCAAAUGCUGUCAGCCAAGAGGUUGAGACCUUCCUCUUAAAUGCCAUAAACAUGAGCUUCUUUGAGCGACUUAACUUGGCUUGGAAAAUAGUUUUCCCAUCUCCAGCAUCCAGAAGGAGCUCUAAUGCAAAUAUAGCGAAGCAGCGCUUGAAGAUGAUACUGUUCUCUGACCGUUGCGCUGUUAGUAAUGAGGCAAAACAGAAGAUAGUAAAAAACAUUGUGCGUGCUCUGUCAGAUUUUGUGGAGAUAGAGUCAAAGGACAAGGUUCAGCUUAGUGUCUCAACUGAUUCUGAUCUGGGGACUAUUUACUCUGUCACAGUGCCUGUUCGGCGUGUGAAGCCAGAAUAUCAAGAUGUAGCUGAAGCUGGAACAAUAACAAAUAUCGAGUACAAAGAUACUGGAGAACGGUCUGGCUCUGUUGAUGUCAGGUUCGAUUUCUACGUUCCAGACGAAUAAACACAUAAGGAAAACUUUUGCAUUUGUAUGGUAUCUGCAUUUGGAUCUUUAAUUAGCUAUGCAACUUUACAAUUGUUUGUAAAUAUGAAAUUUUCAUCUUGAGGUGAUUUUCUCACUUCAAUCUGUGAUUUGAUUUGAUGAUUGGCUUCCUUGGGACUAUAAGUGUAAUCAAGUGGAGCCGAUUUGAGCCGAGUUAGUAUAAUGAAAAAUUCAAGAUUAAUUCAAAAUAUGUUA